AUGCAACGCUAUUUGAUGAACACGAGCUAUCUGCAGGGGCAGCUCAAAUCACUGUAUGCCCUGCACAACAAAACAGUGGCUGACUACGGCGAACUGGUGCAGAACUUGAAUGAGGAGUGUACUAUAUUGUGCGACGUCAUUCCGAGCUAUCGCAUCUCCAGCACCCUUGAAAGCGAAGAUGGCGGCGGCCAGCGCAAGCAAAAAGAGGUGUACAAUGUUCAGAAGCUCGAACACGAGAUCCUCACACAGUACACACACUUCCUGCAACUGCUUCGAAAGCUCUCGCGCAAGUUGCACCCGGAGCAGCAGGCGCUCGGUAGCCGUCUGUGCGCGCGACUCGUGAAGAGCUCCGCGCCGGAGUUCAAUCAUGCCGACGCACUCCUGUCCCUCGCGAUCGACUUCGCCAACAGCAAGUCGGUGCGUGUUGCCCAACCAUGUCAGACGGCCCUCUCCGAGCUGCUUGAUGGCCAGAAGGUCUCGGACACGACGGAGCACAUUGUAGGAGCAUUGCUGCGCAUUGUGCGUAAGCGCAGCUAUGCGAUGAACCCAAAGCUGCUGAACCUGCUCCUCCACGUGCGCGUGGCCAUGGUGGACGUUCACCGCGACGACUUGACGGAGGAGAAGGCGAAGAACAAGCGGCUCAAGAAGGAAGACAAGGAGUUGGCACGUCAGUUGCAGAAGUCCAAGGCUCGCCGCGACCGUGCCGAGAUUGCAGCGAAGCAGACUCGCAUCUUGCACCGCAUCUUUGUCAUCUACCUACGCGUCAUCGAGGCAUCGAAGACGUGCUCGCCGGUGCAUCAAACGAAGAUCUUGGCCCCGACGCUGGAGGGGCUCGUGAAGUUUGCGCCGCUGGUGAACUUGGAGCUCUACCAGCAGCUGAUGGAGGCACUGAAGGACUUAGUGAAGGGCGGAGGCGCAUCACGAACACGCCUACGCGUGGGCGGCACGGAGGGCGGUAGCGACGGCGACAAUGUCGAUGACAAGUACGAGGAGGAGGCGGCGACCUCAGUGACCACGCGGCUGCAUGCGCUGGUGGCGGUGGCGACGUUAGCGCAGCGGGACGCCACGUCGACCGCCUCGGAGUGGCGUGUCGAUCUGAGCUACUUUCACGAGGUCCUCUUUCGUUGUCUUGGCGAGGCGCUCGAGUUGCCGUCGGCUGAGUCAUCGUCCUCGGCGAAGAUGACGCGUGAGGAGGAGCAAGAGGCCUCCAACGGCGACAUGGACGAAGUGGCGUCGCAGGGGUCGACGUCGUCUGCCGGGUCGCUGUCGUCCCAGGCCUUUUCGAUUGCCCAGUCCAUGACGCAGGGGGUGUUCGUGCACCAGAACGCGAGUCGUGAGUGGACCUUUCACGUCGGUCUCGUGCUGCGUGCCGUUGACCUACUGGUGCUCACGCAGAAGCAUCUGCCAGUGGCGCGCGUGACAGCCAUCCUGCGCCGUCUCAUGCAGGCGGCCCCGUCGUGCCCGCCGCACAUCGCCAUGUCCAUCCUCGCGCUGUGCCACCGCGUUGUGCUACGCUACCCACUUGCAGGGGGUGUUAUCGUGGGCGGCAGCGACAACGUCAUCGCUGGCCGUGGCGCCUACAACCCGGAAGCACUGCAGACUGCCUCGGCCAACGCGGAUAGCUCUUUCACGUGGGAGCUGAGCCUCCUUUCGCACAGCUACCACCCGACACUGCGCCAGGUGGCAGAGACGAUGUGCAAGCAUUACCACAAGGUAUCCAAACACCAGCAUGGGCAGGCCCCCGUCGUGACGAAGCAGCUGGACGCGCUCGGCCCGUACGAGGUGAUGGAGGAGUACGAUCCAUCGCUCGGCAACCUCAAGCCUACCGCCCCGCUGCCGACCGCCUUGAAGGCGGAGGUGCGGAAGCGACAGCGCGAGGAGGCGCAGGCGUACGAGGUCGCGUGA